CAGAUACGCUCACCCGACCUCAGACGGUCAGCGUCGCAUAAAUGAUCAAUACAACACCAUACAGGCGAGAAAAUCUGCUUCUGUAGAUUAUAAUAUGCUUUUUUAAAUAACGUAAAGGGUACCCAGAGACAGGCCAGGAUUUUACCUUUGGGGACUGGUCGGUUUCAACGAUGCCCAUAGCAGAACUGCUUGGGGUUCAGUUUGACAUGCAGCUUCUGGGGAAGCUGAGUGUCUCUGUGGCCGCCGUUCUGUUCAUCUCCUGGGCUUUCCGCUUCUACACCUCCAGGACCAGGGCGACCAGGAAGCCCCCCCUCCACGACCCGGCUGCCCUUGCCCGGCCCUCACAUGAACCCGAAUCCCCUCAGAACGGAACGUGCCGGAACUGCAAAGCGGCAUUGCGACAUCAGAGCGCCCCCAGUGACACCGGAGAUGAAGGUAAACAAAGCGAGGCCUCGCCGGUGUGCGCCGGCAGUGAUGACUUGACACCCGAGGACACCAGCGCGCUCACAGGGGAGGGACAGCUGGCCCAGAUGGUAAACUCCCCAGGGUUGACAAACACAGGCAAAAUGGCGGAAUCACAGGACAGGAUCCACGCUGAGGAACACAAGAACCCAGAAGCUCCACACCCCCCAUUCCACCUCCAGGAAACCGAAACUAACAAGAGCAGUGAUUCUGACCAAGAUACUGAUGACGGGUCUACGCUGAAACUGCCUGGUCAUACUGACAGCAGGGCAGCCAGCCCCUCAGGCCGGAAGUCCCCUUGCUUCCUGCAGAGGUUGGAGGGCUGUGUGGGGGUCGGGGUAGGCCGAGAGCUCAGACAGAACCUGGACCUCCAGGGGGCCCACUCCUGUUUCCUCUCCAAGGCUGAGAUCACGGUGGAGGACGCCCAUCUGGUGCUGGAGGGACGAGACGACCAGAGCGUCGUCCGAGGGAAGAUCUACGAAUACUACGUGGAGUCGUCCUCGGUUACAGAAGCCACCCCUGGGAUGGCUCGGCAGAGGCGGGGGUCGCAGGGGUCACGGGGAUUGCUGGACUCGCCGUCGGGGGAGUUUGGAAGCCGGGGGAGCAGUCUCUCUGAGCCUCCUCCGUCUCUGAGCCCCAUCGUCAUGAGGGAUCUGGUUCUCACCCAGAACGUAAGCGAGAGCGAGGACCUUUUCUCCCCCUCCAGCCCGGAGCCCGGACACACCAACAGGCCGGUGCUGCUGCGGAAGGACAGCUACCUGAGCGCCGCAGAGCUCUCCGAGCUCCACAUCCCCACCCCAGCCCCUAGGACCUCCACUCCACUGAAGCCCAGCCAGGGCCCUCACAGCGGGGACAGCAGCCCCGCCAGCCCCCUUAGCCCCACCACAACCACCUCAGACCCCAACACGUGGGAGGAGCCCAGCCUGGAAACGGUGGCGGGCGCCAGGUUCCUCCACCCGCCCACGGAGAGCUCCUCUGAAAAGGAAAGCAGCAUGGCGGGGCGGCUCGAUCUGGGCAACUGCAUGGAGGUGCUGGCGCUGGCCAAGAAACACGGCCAGGACCACCUGCGGCAGGCGGCGCUCAGGGUCAUGUCUGACAACUACUUCCAGGUCCUCAGGGACCCCGGCUUGUACGGCCGGCUGAUGGCAGGGGAGCGGGAUCAGGUACAGAGACUGCGGACGAGGGGGAGACGUUUCCUGGUGGCAGCCGACAUGGACCCCCAGGACUGGGGAAGGAGCGACGGCUCUCGAGGGUUCGGAGCAGACCAGAGGACAUCCAGCAGGCUGUACUACUACGAUGACUACCAGGACUCCUGGCACCAGCUGUGCCAAACACCCCAGGAAGUCGUUUCCAAAGGCUGCGCCAUGUGCACCAUGGACAACUACUUGUUUGUGGCGCUGGGCUGCCAGGGCACGGAUAGGGAGAUGAAACCUUCAAAGCGAGUGUUCUGCUACAACCCUGUGACAUCCAUCUGGAAGGAGAUCAGUCCCAUGAACGAGGCCAGGCCCCACUGCAAGCUGGCAGCCCUCCAAGGCCACGUCUAUGCCAUCGGUGGCGAGUGCCUGUCCACCGUGGAGCGCUACGACCCCAGGAGCGACAGAUGGACGUUCGUGGCUCCGCUGCCCAACGACACGUUCGCCGUGGCCCACCGUGUCACCGUGUGCAACGAGGAGCUCUUCGUUUCCGGGGGGACCCUGAGGUACACGCUGCUGCGCUACAACCCCAGGACCAACGCGUGGAGGCGGAGCCUGAUCGUGGGCACCAAGGAGAGGACCACCGAGAUGGUGGCGGUGAGGAGCUUCCUGUAUCGCUUUGACGUCAACCCCGUCCUGGGCAUCAGCGUGUACCGCUACCACAUGGGCGCGCGCCUGUGGUACGAGUGCAGCUCCAAGCGCAUGCUCCACUGCCCCGCCUUCCAGUGCGUGGCCGUGGACGACACCAUCUACUGCCUCAGCCGCCAGUUCACCAUGAGGUUCCUGGCGGACGAGACGUCGCCGGCGUUCAUCGCUGACGACCUGAGUGUCCUUGCCGAGGCGAAGGGCGUGUUGUUUCCCGUGGUCCUGUCGCUGCCGGAGAAGAGGACCCUCCAGACCAGCGUGUAAUCAGACAGGGGUCGUUAGAGGACCACAGAGGGACCGUCUGCUCUGAUUGGGAAGGCCUUCUCCUCCCGCGGGUUGCCAGUCCUACAGGGAGGCGCAGCUGCCCUAAUCAGGGGCGGUGAAAGUAAAAUAUUAUGGCCGUUAAUGGUAAUUAGAUGACUGCUUGUUUAGAUUUAUACAGACAGCGCCGCCGUAUAAAUCCAGUUUGUUUGUGGAAGAGCUGUUUGUUCCUUGUGGAUCUGUCUGUUCCUCCUUCCCCCAGCCCCUCCCUCGCUCCUCCAUCCCUCAUUCCUCUCUCCUCCCUCGAU